AUGGAAAUGACAUUGUAUCGUGUCUUAAGGAACCUGACGCUUAUGACUAUAUCCAUGGGUUCAUUUGUAAAAUAUUAUACAAUUUGGUAUCAAGCUAAUACAGUGAAAGGAUUUAUCGAUCGAAUUCAAUUUGAUUGGCAAACGAAUAACGAUGUGAUACUUCAAAUUAUGCAGAAACACAAUUAUUUGGGAAAACAGCUGUCAACGUUUUUUACGUCAUGUGUUUUCUCGACGGUGGUCAUAAUGACAACAUACCAUAUUUCACCUAUUAUUUUGGAUAAAAUUGCACCCCUCAAUGAAUCUCGUCCAAUACAGUUACCAGUAGAUGCGGAAACUUUCUUCGACAAAGAGAAGCAUGCUAUUACUACUACUAUUACAUACUAUUUCUGGAUAGCGAUACUUGCAAUUAUAUAUAUUGGAACAGAAUCAUUAACGAUUAUGAUCUGCUUACAUGCCGCUAGCUUAUUUGAAGUUACUAGUUAUUAUUUCCAAAGAGCUGUUUCCAUCGAAGUAACUGACACUUGUAUUCCACGCAAAUGUACAAAUAAUAAGAAUAUGAGUCACUUAAUUAAAAGUAUGAUUAUGCACCAAGAAACAAUUCAAUUUUGCAGUGUCUGUAGUAGCCAUUUUAAGAUAACGUAUAGCCCUAUGAUAAUAUUAGGAGUUACUUCUCUGAGCAUAAAUGUGUUUUUCCUCUCGCAAUCGGCGAUCCAUUCAGCGAAUUUCGGAGAAGCAAUAUUCUACUUACUAUUAGUUAUUGGUGUAAUACAAUAUAUGUUUUUGAUUAAUCUUGCAAUUCAGUAUGUGAUGGAUAGUGCUGCUAACAUUUCUACAACCAUAUACAACACCAGCUGGUAUGAAACGUCUGUAGCCACGCAGAAAUUACUACAAAUGGUAAUACUAAAGAGCAACAAAGAUUUAACUUUCACAUUUUAUAAUAUCUUUAAUGCAUCAUUGCGAGGCUUCUCGGUGUAUCCAGGUAGCGGAGAUGUGUUUUCUCGUCCUGACAACCCUUUUUCGCAGUCUUUCCAGCACAUCCACGUAGUAGGCGGUGUUAACUACCUGUUCUUCAAGAAGAAGUUCUUUAUGGACUGUUUGACGGAUUAUUUUGCUGGUUGGUGGCCGCCCAGAGCGUUGAUCGUCGUGAACCUCUUCCCGCCCUUCCUUAAAGGCCUUUAA